AUGGAACUCGCAUCGGUCAUCGUACUCGCCACUCUCGCCAUUCGGACGCUGGCGUCGCCUGCCGAGCCGCCUCAGCCCCAGAACUCCGAGAACUGGUCCCUUAUGGGCUUCCGUCGUGUCUGCUCCGAGGACCAGAGCCAGUGCAGCUACAGCUUCCUCAUCUCCGAAAACCCGGCCAAGGUACCCAGGUUUUGCGGCUUCACCGUCACCGCGGCCGGAGGGCUCCCGGCUUACCAGACCGACUUCGCCGUCCUCAAGUGCCCCGGCGUUCCCGAGUACACCAUCAACGGUGGCUGGGACGAGCGCGCAUUUGUCACUCUGACUGUCAUCAACGACCAGAGGAGCCUCUUGUCCUUUUUCUCCUUUACGGAUGCGGAUCUGUGGGCCGGCGUCGAGGCCACUCCGCAGACCUCCAAGGUGUUCAUCCACCCCAUGCCCGUCAAAUGA